AUGGGUGAUUAUGGAUCAUUUAGUUCUGAAGGACGAAGUGAAAAAACAAUUGAACCAUAUGAAGUAAAUUAUGAUUCGGAUUCAUUUAAUGAUGAAUCGUUUGAAGAUCAAUCGGAACAGCAACAGAUUGAACAAGACCCAUUUUUAAAGUGUAAAUAUUGUGAUUUAAAAUUUGAGAAUUUAGACGAACGAAAAAUUCAUCAAGUUAACGAACAUACCCAUGAAAAAGAAGCAUUCUUAAAGUGUCGAUAUUGUUCGUUGAAAUUUUUUACAUUGGACGAUCGUAAAGCACAUUAUGCGGAACUUACCGAAGAACAACGACAAUCGUUAAAAUGUUCGUAUUGUUUUAUGCAAUUCUGUAACGAGAAUGAUAAAGUUUCACAUCAAGCACAAGAGCAUGGUAAUGAGGACGAUAAGAAAUUUGUAUGUAAUGCAUGUGGGAAAGAACAUCCGACUCGUAAACAGUUGAUUCGACAUCAAUAUAAUCAUAAAUGUGUUUAUUGUCCGAUGUCAUUUUGUAUGGAAAAAGAUCGCAUAGCUCAUCAAGAUGCCGCCCACAGCAAUGAAGAGGAUAAAAAAUUUAAAUGCACUACAUGUGGUAAAGAAUAUUCCACGCGAAGACAGUUAAGUAGACAUCAAUACCAUCAUAGACAACCAAAAGGUGAUUAUUUAUGCCCUACGUGCGGGAAAAAAUUCCAAACACAAUUAUAUCUGAAUGUACAUAUUCGUCUACAUACCGGAAAAUUACCAUAUAAAUGUCCGCAUUGUCCAAAUAGAAGUUUUAAUGAACGUAGUCAAAUGAAAUCUCAUUUAGUUACACACAGUGGAGAAAAACCAUUUUUAUGUAAUAUUUGUGGACUAAGUUAUGGAAGAGCACGAGCGUUAACACUCCAUAAACAACGGAAACAUCCUGAACCAAAUGCAAUACAAAAGAGUUACGAAUGUGAUAUUUGUCAUAAAGAAUUUAAAGAGUUACGUAACGAUAAUAGUCCACACUAG